AUGGUCAACGUCCCAUCCAUCGAGCUCAACGAUGGCAACAAGAUGCCCCAGGUCGGCUUCGGCUUGUGGAAGGUAGAGAACGAUAAGGCAGCAGACAUUGUCUACAAUGCCAUCAAGACCGGCUACAGACUCUUUGACGGAGCUUGCGACUACGGUAACGAGGUUGAGGCCGGUCAAGGUGUCGCACGCGCCAUCAAGGAGGGUAUCGUGAAGCGCGAGGAGCUCUUCAUCGUGUCCAAGCUAUGGAACACCUUCCACGAGCCCGAGCAGGUCGAGCCCAUUGUCAAGAAGCAGCUUGCGGAUUGGGGCAUCGACUACUUCGACCUCUACGUGAUCCACUUCCCCGUCGCCAUCAAGUACGUCGCCCCUGAGGUGCGAUACCCACCGGGCUGGUUCGUCGACGGCGACUCCAAGGUCGAGUACAGCAAGGCAUCCCUCCAGAGCACAUGGCACGCAUUCGAGGACAUCCAGAAGAAGGGCCUCGCAAAGAGCAUCGGCGUGUCCAACUACUCCGGCGCGCUCCUCCUCGACCUCUUCGCCUACGCCAACACCAAGCCCGCGACCCUCCAGAUCGAGCACCACCCCUACCUCGUGCAGCCCAAGAUCCUCGAGCUGGCCAAGUCGGAGAACGUCGCCGUCACCGGAUACUCGUCGUUCGGCCCGCAGUCCUUCAUCGACGGCGACAUGUCCCUCGCCGAGACCGUGCCCCUCCUCUUCGACCACCCCGUCAUCAAGAAGGUCGCGGACGCACACAGCAAGACGACCGCGCAGGUGCUGCUGCGAUGGGCCACCCAGCGCGGCCUCGCCGUCAUCCCCAAGAGCUCUUCCCAGGGCCGUCUCGAGCAGAACUUGGACGUGACCAGCUUCGACCUCACCGAGGAGGAGAUUGCCGAGAUUUCGGGCUUGGACAAGAACCUGAGGUUCAACGCUCCUCUCAACUGGGGCAUCCCCAUCCCGCUUUUCUCUUAA